AUGGAGGGGAAGGGGGGGCUCCUAUCCUCGGGGGUGAUCCGCUCCCUGCUCGCGAUCCUCCAGUGGUGGGCGUUCAAUGUCUCCGUUAUCAUCGCCAACAAGUGGAUCUUCCAGGUUCGCCGCCAGAACUUCCAUUUCCUGUAAAUUUCUUCUUCGCUCCGCCGAUUCCGACGCGGCUCUAUGCAACCGUUGGCUCCUCGUUCCUCGUUUGCAUCCAGUUCUUGUGCUUUCGAUAGAUCAUACUUUAUCUCUGCUUCUUCCUUUUUUUCUCUGCCUCCCUUGUAUUUCUUACUAACGCCAGGGAGGAACUCGAAUCCGCUGGAGUUUGUUCUUCUGUUCUAAAAGUGAAUUAGAGAUAUUAAUUAACCUGGAGAUAAUUAUUUUCCCUCGAUAGAUUUCAGUUUUGUGAUUCCUGCGAUAAUUCCAUCUGGAAUUGAAGGAAUUCGGGGUGGAUGUAUGUGAUCUGUGUCGGAAUGUACAGGAAUUAUCUAGACAGGUUACAGGAAUGAUCUAGAAAAAAAAAACAGUGGAUUGCCAGCCGAGAUCUUCAACGAAUCUCAUCCGGAGCUCAUGAUCCAUGCGCCAUCAUGGCUCCCUCACCAGAAGCUCCUCCCAUUUCAGACUUUGAUCUUCCGAUAUCGACCUAAAAAAAAUGGCGGGAAUUGUCCCUCUGGUUUCUCCAUAUUUUUUGUUUUUGUGGACGGGAUUUGAUGCUCUUUUUCUGUCACGGAUGGAGAUCCUGCUAUUCGAUUCCGAUUAUUAUUCUUCCUCCGCAAGAAAUUAUUUUCUGGAUCCGGGAUUUUUUUUUUCUGGAUUAAAGUGGGCGCCGGGAUUUCUGAUGCAGUGAUCUCGUUUCUUCCUGCAGAAGCUGGAUUUCAAGUUUCCUUUGACGGUUUCAUGCGUUCAUUUCAUUUGCUCUUCCAUUGGAUCAUACAUUGCCAUUAGAGUCAUGAAGCUCAAACCUCUCAUCGAGGUCGAACCAGAGGACACUUGGAGGAGGAUAUUCCCCAUGUCGUUUGUCUUCUGCAUCAACAUCGCCCUGGGGAAUGUGAGCUUGCGACACAUCCCCGUCUCAUUCAUGCAGACGAUCAAAUCCUUCACCCCGGCAACGACAGGUCAACGCCGAUCUCUGCCCAAUUUGCUAUUUCCAGAAACCAAUUCGGAUAUGAAUUCUUCAAAGUUUUUCCCUCAUCUGCCAUGUUCUUCCUGCUCGAAGCAGUCAUCAUGCAGUGGAUCCUGUGGAGAAAGCGCUUUGACUGGCGGAUCUGGGCGUCUCUGGUGCCCAUCGUGGGGGGGAUCGUUCUGACCUCGUUGACCGAAAUCAGCUUCAACACGGUCGGAUUCUUCGCCGCCCUGUUUGGCUGCUUGGCGACCUCCACGAAGACCAUCCUUGCCGAAGCUCUCCUCCAUGGAUACAAGUUCGACAGGUACCCAUCCUCUCGAUCACCAUAAAAAUAUAAUUUUUACCCAUCGUUGUUCCGGGUAAUUUGACUUUUGAUCAAAAUGCUUCUAGGUUGACUUUCCAUUUACAGAUGAUUGCUCACGAUGGGUUUCUGUGUGGCUGCAGCAUAAACACCGUGUAUCACAUGGCGCCGUUCGCCACCGCCAUAUUGGCGGUGCCGGCGAUGUUUCUGGAGGGCGGCGGAGUCGCCGCCUGGUUCCGAACCCACGAUGACGGCUUCUUCUGUCUUCUCAUCAUCCUCAUCUCCGGUAUUCUGGCGUUCUGCCUCAACUUCUCCAUCUUCUACGUGAUCCACUCCACGACGGCGGUCACUUUCAACGUCGCCGGCAACAUGAAGGUCAACUCUCACUCUUCCUCCUCCUCUUCCUCACCAAACCCUCCGCCGACAGCGCCGACUUCUCGCAGGUGGCGGUCGCCGUUAUGAUCUCCUGGCUAAUCUUCCGCAACCCGAUCCCCGGCAUUAACGCCGUCGGAUGCGCCGUCACUCUUGCCGGUUGCACGUUGUACGGCUACGUCAGGCACAGGCUCUCUCACCUGCCAGCUGGCGGCGGCGGCGCCGCCGCUAGGAGCAGAGUGGAUCUCCUCCCCCUCAGCGGCGAGAAACAGGAUAAGGCCUUAAAGUGA